CACGCCACGAACAGGAUUCGCCAGGUGUGUACGGGCCCUCGAACACGCGCCGAGCGUGCGCCGCGCACGCCACGAACCGCGCGCCGCGAACCGCCAGCUGUCGGUUUUUUCGACGAACACAAAGGGAUUCGGCGCGCCAGUGUGGACGUGUUUGCAGCUCGCAGCGCACACGCAGCGAACAUGGAGUGGAGCGAAGAAGAUAUGUUGGGCUUGAUUGAAGUGUAUAGAACACAUCCUGUGCUUUGGGACCCAAGUAAUAGAGACUACUACAAAAAAGCUAAAAAAAUGGAUGCGUGGAGAGACAUAGCUGUUACAGUCGGGCAGUUAGAAGAUGAAUGCAGGAAAAAAAUGAUUAGUUUGCUGUCGUCGUACAGAAGGGAGAAGUCAAAAGAAAAAAACACAAUAGGGACUGGUAAAGGUACUUCCGAAGUGUAUACCAGCCGAUGGUUCGCCUACGAGUCGUUAAAAUUUCUGGAAGGCAGAGAUAAGCCACGGCCAACAAUGAACACGGAGCCGGUGAUCAUUGAAGGAAACCACGUCCAUCAAGAACUGAAUGUGCAAAAUGAAGACCAAGAAUUUCUUUCUCCAAGUGCACCUAAGCGAGCAAAAGGAAGGCAACAGGGUGAUGGAACUGCACUGCUAGCGGAUGCUGUUAGCAUUCUACAAGCUACUGCUGGAAAAUUCAACAUGUCUCCUGAACAGAGCGAGAUUAAAACAUUUUGCGCAUAUUUAUCUUCCAAAAUGGCGACAUUUUCUUCAGCUACAAGAUUGGGGGUUCAGCACGCUGUUUAUGACAUUUUGAUGAAAGCAGAUCGAGGUUUGUUUGAAAUACCUACAUACAACUAUGGUCAAGGUCAACUAUUUCAUUCCAAUGCACCUGAAAACUAUUCUACUCGCAUGUAUAUGCAACAGCCAGCUUCCCACUCAUCAACUUCAUCAGUUUAUCUUCCUGCUCAACAACAACAACAACAACAACAACAACAACAACAACCCUUUGAGCCAAAUCUGUCGCAGUCUUCUCCAGCUGGUCGGUCCCCGACACAAAUGACUCCACAUGCACAAGUUACUAUGCUACCUAGUGCCUCGGCUACAAGUAUACAAACAAAUUCAAGUCACACCAUUUCACCGCUGGCGUCAAUGCAAAGUCCUUUAUCGCAUUCAUCUCAGUGUUCUGAUGAUUUUAAUGACUGUGUGUAAAUUGCAUCACAAUUUUUGUGUUAAUUUAUUUAUUUGUUUAUGUGAACUACUCUGAUUUAAUUUGAAUUUAAUGAGUUCAUUUAUUUAAUUUUUCUUUCUUACAUCAUUUGAGUACUGUAUUUUUGAAAAUAUCGUUUUAUAAAUAAAAACUUAAGCAAUAAGAACGUUUAUUUGUUCUAACGUUCAACUUACCUUGAUAUUUUCUUUCAACACUUCAAUUAACGCUGAGCAGACUUCUGUUACUAUUCCUCCUAUAGCCUGCUUUGAAAUUCUGAACAGAUAUUGCAGACUUGAGUACGAGUCUCCUGUCGCUAGAAACCGCAAUGUCACGGCUAACCUGGAACAUUAAAAUUGAAAACCUGUGUACUUAAACAUAUUGAACAUUAACACUUUUAAUAAUGCUGACAGGGAAAUUGCUGUCAGGCAUUAGUACAAAUUGUAAACAAUUCAUAGGCUACUUACCGAUCUUGAAU